AUGGCAGGCAGUCUUCGAGCGGGCGCCACGGGACCCGAUGAUUUGCCAGAGAUUUUUAAUCUCCUCGAGAAGUACAGGUACACCGCAGCGUUGUAUGGCGACAGCGAAGAGUAUCUCGGCAAAGUCGACGCUGGCAAGAGAUUCGUACUCGACACCAAGACGCGAGGCGAUUUUGGCGGACCGGUCCAUGCCACGCGACAGACGGUGGUGGCCGAGGGCAAGCAGAGCAGGGAGUUGCUGGGGAGCGGGGUGGAUGUCUUCUACCUCCAUGCCCCGGACACGGCAAUGCCGAUCGAGGAGACGCUGGCGGGAGUGAACGAGGUCUACAAGACGGGCUUCUUCAAGCGCUUCGGGCUGAGCAACUACGCCGCGGAGUACGUAGAAAAGAUCUACGGCAUUUGCAAGGAAAAGGGUUAUCUGCUGCCGUCGGUGUACCAAGGAAUGUACGAACCGGUGGCGAGAAAGCAAGAAACCGUGCUGUUCCCGACCCUGCGGAAGCUGGGGAUGAGCUUCUUCGCCUACUCGGCCAUGGCUGGUGGCUUCUUAUCGAAAAGCAAACAAGAGGUCUUGGACGGCUAA